AUGACUCGCCGUCGUGGUGGUCGUCCCUGGGGCUACUACUCGGAACGUUACUACGACAUCCCGCAGUACUUGCAUUUUGUCCAGCACCCCGGAUCCCAAUCGUGGGAGGACGAUGAUGGCUCCUUUGUGGCAGCUGAUACCUGCUCAACAGGCCGUCGAGGCCUCUUCCAUUUAGAGGAUCAGAUCAGCCUGCAUGUCGACUGGUACUAUCGGGGUCCUACAUGCUUCAUCUCCACGUUUGCCGAUUACGAUCACGCGUACAAUUGGGCUAGGCAGCGUUUCAGGCCGACCAAUAUUUACACGAUUGACACCUCUCGUCUCCCCGAUGAUUUCAUCAUCUUCUAUGCCGGACGUUUCAAUUCGGACGCCUUCGAUAGCGAGUACCUGUUCCUCGACUUUAUCCCUGGAUAUUCAAUCAUUUACUGUGAAUGUCUCCCCCGAUACCCAAAUUUCAAAACCAUCCACUCUGUGCCCGGUCUGGAGUCGUCCGUCGAACUUGGCGCGCCUGUUGUCCCGGUCCACUAUCUUGCCCUCCCUCAAGUACUAGGUCCACCUCCACGUUUCCCUCCCCCGCCCUACCAGGAGGUCCAUGCUCUGUGUCUGGGUAGCCAGGCUGCUCCCAUGCCGGAUCCUGCGCAAACACCGUCGCUUGCGCCUAUCGGGACACGGCCUCCAAACGAGGAAAGAGUUCCUCCGCUCCCGGGGAGCGGCCGAAAUGCACCAACGCCGCCGGCUCCUGCGCCAUCACCGCCGCCUAACAGAUCACCACCAUCGUACGAGGCACCACACCACUUUGCGUCACCGCCGUAUACCACGCCCGCGCAGUACAUCACGCCUGUUCCGCCUGUUGGAACCCUUCCUCCGGUUCCCCCUGCAGCUGAGAGUGGAACAUAUGCCCAGUCCGACCCCGGUGGCCCGCGUGCGCCCGGACAGGAGUCGUCGACAGCGCCGUCUGCCACGUCACCGGCACAUACCUCGCCCGGGCAUACACCGGGGCAUCUCACCCCAAGCCAAAUCAUGUCAGGGCAAAACUUACCAGCUGUGCCUGUCGUUGGGUUCCCUCCCCCGCCCCUCCCUCAACCUAUCGAUGAAACGACUGCGUCCGAGCCGCCGGUCUCUUCAGCUCCGGAACCGUCUACGGCGUCCGAUCCCGGACCGAGUGAUCAACCCGAGCCGGUCCGUAAUGCCGAAACACCUGGCCAGUCCCAACCCGAGCGAGCUUUUGGAUCCAAUUCUGGGACACCUGGCAGGCCCAAUAUCAGCUUCUUUGCGGAAGACUCUGAUAUGGAAGUCUCUGAUGCGGAAGGAUCUCCCAGUUUCACGCGUGCUAUCAAGUCCAAGCCCAGCUCUCCUGCGCCUUCUGGGCCUUCUGGGGCCAAACUCAAUUUUUUUGCGGAGGACUGA